UCAGUGAAUCGAUUCAUCUCCGAGUGAAGCCUCCUAUUGCUUCUCGCUUCACAUUUGUGAUGUGGAAUGUUGCUGGAUGUUUUUUAAACAGGAAUAAUCGCUCAGAUUCGUGUAUUUGCCGCUGAAAAUAGAAUGACCGUUUGUGUCUUUGUAUAGUCACGUCGUAGUUGCACAGCUGCUUCACUUUCUGUUGUAGUGUUGUUACAUUAAGGGCUAAAAUGUCGGCGUCGGAAGGAGCCAAAAACACGAAUACGGAACCAUGGGGUGGUUUUGAUGACAACAUUAUGAUUCAGGGCAGUGGCUCGGCGGUUAUAGACAUGGAGAACAUGGACGACACCUCUGGCUCCAGCUUUGAGGACAUGGGAGAGAUGCAUCAGCGUAUGAAGGAAGAGGAGGAAGUGGAAGCUGAGGCAGCAGCUACUGAGGACGACACUGGAGAAGAUGGAGAGUUCCUCGGCAUGAAGGGCCUUAAAGGCCAGCUAGGAAGACAAGUUGCAGAUGAGGUUUGGAAAGCAGGCAAGCGUGAGGCCUCAAAAGCCUUUAACCUGUAUGCGAACAUCGACAUCCUCCGACCUUACUUUGACGUUGAGCCUAUUCAAGUGAGAAACCGAUUAAUUGAAUCCAUGAUUCCACUCAAAAUGAUCAAUUUUCCACAGAAAAUUGCUGGGGAGUUGUAUGGACCAAUGAUGCUGGUGUUCACUCUGGUGGCCAUCCUGCUUCAUGGCAUGAAGACAUCUGGAACUGUUAUCAGAGAGGGCACACUGAUGGGAACUGCCAUUGGGACAUGUUUUGGCUACUGGCUUGGAACAUCAUCCUUCAUCUAUUUCGUGGCUUACCUUUGCAAUUCUCAGAUCACCAUGCUCCAGAUGUUGUCUUUACUGGGCUAUGGUCUCUUUGGCCACUGCGUUGUCCUUUUCAUCACCUACAAUGUCCACUUUCACUCCCUGUUCUAUAUUCUAUGGCUGGUAAUCGGAGGACUUUCGACACUUCGAAUGGUGGCUGCGCUGGUUUCCCGUACAGUGGGUAAAACGCCUCGUCUCAUUUUGUGUGGCACACUGGCAGCACUCCACAUGCUUUUCCUUCUCUACCUGCAUUUCGCCUACCACAAGAUUGUUGAAGGUAUCCUGGACACCCUAGAAGGACCCAAUGUUCCCCCCAUUCAGAGAGUGGCCAGAGAUGUUUCUAAUGCCGCCACUGUUGUGAAUUCCACUGUGAAGUCUGUAGCCGCAAUCAUACACUCACGUUAAUCACUUGUUCUGAUGCUUUUCUGUUUGGACAAGGAAACUGGUUUGGGUGAAAAUGAGCUGUGCACAGGAGAGUAACAAAGGGAAUUCAUAUCUAGCACCUUAGCUAGGCUUCAGUCCAGCUAUCAGUUAAAUAUAACCUGUAUGCCACGAUGACCGACAUAAGUUAUGGUCAUUUGGUGGCAUCAUUUGAUCUUGACCUGAAUAUGCUUAGACAACAAAGUUUGCCAAACCAUUCCCUAUCAUCUCUGUACAUGGGUCUUAACUAUCAUAGUUCCCCGAGAUCAUCUGCUGCUGGGAAAAACCUUGUUGGGUAACAGAACUAUUGACUCCAAGUUGCUUUUAUUGGCAUUGGACACAUAAUUGCUUGUAUAAAAUGGCAACACUAAAGACUCAUUUGUGUAAGUAAAGUGCCCUGAACUUUGCCUCAUCCAAGUGAUUUUAAAGGUUUUAAGUAGGGACUAGCACUUGGCCUUUGUAACAGGGUGAAUUUUAUUUCACCUAUAAUUUACCAGUUUUAUAAACAUGCCUAAUAUUGGACUUUUCUAACUGUUGGAAUUUGUGAGAAAAAUAAGAGGAGCUACUAUUGCAAAUAUGAUUCUUGUUAGGACAGUGCUAUUUAUUAUGAUAUUAAUGCUAUUGAGAAAUUAUAAUAUCCUAUACCCUGCACCUUCCAUAGAUGUUGUAACCUUUACUUUAAAUUUAAUUGGAUUAUACAGCGCCCUCCACAAAUAUUGGUGCCCUUGGUGAAUUUUCUCAUAUGAAUUCAUAGGGGAGACAGUAAUGGUUGAACACCUAUAUUUAACAAAGACAAAAGAUCAAAAUGUUAAACAACAGACAAUUUUUCACAGCCUUCUUUGCUCAUAUUUACCAAGUGUGCCAAUAUUUGUGGAGUGCACUGUACAUAUGCAGUUGUAACUGAAAAUUAAGACACUGUUAUUUAAUUAGUCAUUCUAGCUAAAUAUCCCUGAUAUUUGUCUAGUUUACCCACACAGGGGACAUUUCUGGUUGAUAAACCUUAGUUUCAUUGAUUGUAAAAAAACAAAACAAAACAAAAACAGAUGGUUGGUUGGGGAGACAUCUUUGAGAGAAUUCUAAAUCCACAAUUAAUGAUGUCUAAAUAAAUCUGCUUAUGCUGCAAAUGUAGCAUUUGCAGCAGAUAUUCUGCAGAAGUACUGCAGAUCUUGGAGGUCUACUGAAAAUGAAAUCUAUAAAACUGGCUGGGUUUUUUUGGGUUAUUUUUUUUUGUACCUUUUAUUUGGUCAAAGAAAAAAAUGUUUAUUGUUCUAAAAGAUUUUUAAAUAUUGUUUGUUAACUUCUGCUUCAUUUUCCAAAAUCCAAAAUUUGAUUAAUACUAGAGAUAUGAAACAUUAGGACUAAGAAAUUGUAAAAUGGUUACAUAGAUUGUGGCACAAAGUGACUUUGCUACCAAAUUGAAGCCCCCCCCC